AAUUUGACAAAAUAACAACAAAAAAUGAAACUAAUAUUGCGGAAAUGGCAGAACAUCUGCUACGAAACUUAGCUUGAUUCACACAUACAGCAGAGUAUAAGUAUUGAUUGUAUAAUUCACAGCGAAUAAAUUGAAGGUGGAAGAAGAAGCUAAGAAUAAUCAUUCUUCAUUGCUUUAAUCAUCCAAAGCCAGCUAGCUUAGCUUGCUACUGUCUUACUGCUUUAUAUAAGUAGCUAGUAUAUAUAUAUACGGAGUAAUUUGCUUUUGUCUUGGGUAUAUAUAAAAUAUGGCGACAGCAGCUGAACCGGCAGUGGUGGAGAAACCGGCCGCUGUUCCUCCUCCUCCAGCCGCCGUUAUGAAGCCAGAAGAACCACCUCUCGCUUCCGCCACGACUCAUAACAUGGGGCCAGUCAAAGAGGUUGUGCCGCCUGUCCUCCCGGAAAAGCCCGUUGCCGCCGCUCACAAGAAUCCUGAUCAUCCUCAGUUGAGUACAGCCCCAAAGCCAUCCCUGGACAGAGAUAUUGCUCUUGCAAAGAUUGAGGAUGAGAAGAGAACAUCCUUUAUCAAGGCAUGGGAAGAGAGUGAAAAGAGCAAAGUAGAGAACAAGGCAGGGCCCAAAAGCAGCUUGCUGAAGUGCUGUCCUGGGAAAACACCAAAAAAGCAAGUUUUGAAGCAAAAUUGAAGAAGGUCGAGGAAGAGCUGGAGAAGAAGAAAGCAGAAUACGCGGAGAAGAUGAAGAACAAGGCAGCUUUGGUUCAUAAGGAAGCAGAAGAGAAGAGAAGUGUGGCCGUUUCCAAACGGAACCAAGAGAUCUUAAAAAUUGAAGAGGCGGCCGCAAAGCUCCGGGCAAGCGGGCAGGUCCCCAAGAAGGCCCUGCUUGGUUGCCUAGGCUGACCUCAAUGGCUGCUGCUGCUGCUUCAAAUUUAUUUUAAUCAGUUUAUUUGCUGCUUCUUGUACGUAUGUAUGUAUGUAUGUAUGGUUUUAUUCUGAGUGUACUUGCAUUGCAUGUGAUGUGUUAUUUCCCGAUUUCGUUCUUUGUAUACAAAUGUUUUUGCUUUGAUCAUUUCAUAUAAAGGAAUUAUGAUCCUUUGAACUGAAAUUUGAUCAUUAUCUCGAACUAUUUGCGAUAUGAGAUAAAGCUGCUUAUGCCAACGGUUAUAGAGUA